AUGACCUUUGCGGCGGCGUAUUUGGCCGCACACCCGAUCCAGUGCCCGACAUGUGGCAGCAACCGCGUCUCGAAGACGGUCAUCUCGACGGCGUUUGCACGCCAAGUGCACGAAACAAAGGUGGGUGGCGCCAGCUUCGGCCAAAUCGCAUCGCAGCAGAAGGUCUACGCGAUUUUUCCCAGCUCCAACCCGAUCGUCGCGUUUCCUUCGUUUGGCCACUGCUUGCGCUUCCCGCUCAUUGUAAGCGGCCACACGUUUUUCAUUGCGAAGCACGGGCGGGACGCUGACGGCAAGCAAGGCUUUACAGCGGUCUUCACCAUGAUGAACCAGCUCAACGAGAAGGAGAUCGAGAUGCUUAAGGCGCGGCUCGGCGACAUCGAUGGUAUUUGGAUCGGUAACCCCGACUCGGACGAGGCUUUCCUCGUGGAAAAAUGCAUGCCGCUUCGCUCAUUGUUCACGACGGUCGCCAACGCGUUCUUCUCGCUCGACCAAGACGACGUCGACGCCCUCUAA